AUGUUCUUCUUCCUGCUCAACCUGGCCCUCACUGACCUGGGCUCCAUCUGCACCACUGUCCCCAAAGCCAUGCACAAUUCCCUCUGGGACACCAGGAACAUCUCCUACACAGGAUGUGCUGUUCAGCUCUUUUUCUUUUUGUUCUUCAUCUCAGCAGAGUUUUCCCUGCUGACCAUCAUGUGCUAUGACCGCUACGUGUCCAUCUGCAAACCCCUGCACUACGGGACCCUCCUGGGCAGCAGAGCUUGUGCCCACAUGGCAGCAGCUGCCUGGGCCAGUGCCUUUCUCACUGCUCUCAUGCAAACGGCCAAUACAUUAUCCCUGCCCCUGUGCCAUGGCAAUGCCCUGGGCCAGUUCUUCUGUGAGGCGCCCCAAAUCCUCAAGCUCUCCUGCUUCAAAUCCUAUCUCAGGGAAUUUGGGCUCAUUGCAGUUAGUGUCUGUUUAGGACUCGGAUGUUGUGUGUUUAUUGUUUUCUCCUAUGUGCAGAUCUUCAGGGCUGUGCCUAGGAUCCCCUCUGAGCAGGGACGGCACAAAGCCUUUUCCACCUGCCUCCCUCACCUGGCUGUGGUAUCUCUCUUCCUCAGCGCUGGAACAUUUGCCUACUUGAAGCCCCCCUCCAUCUCCUCCCCAUCCCUGGAUCUGGCCCUGUCAGUUCUGUACUCAGUUGUGCCUCCAGCCCUGAACCCCCUCAUCUACAGCCUGAGGAACCAGGAGCUUAAGGCUGCAGUGUGGAGACUCAUGACUGGAUGCUUUCAGGAACAUUGAGACUGCUGCCUAACUUCUGCAAAUCACUUGGAAUAAAAGUCAUCAUUGA